AGAAAUUUCGGCUCAAGUGGCUGUGCCACAGCCGCGGCUGAAGGUGCCUGAGUCCCCUGUCGCGCGCGAUCGGGCCUGGCCUUAUAUUGAGGGCGCUGCACGGCUUCCAGGCAAGCCCGAGUGGCUGUUUGUGGCGGGAUGUCUUUGUCCUACUUCCUCGCGAUGGGACAGCAAGACUGCUUCUUCACUUUUGUCGUUCGGAUAUGCGUCUCCUUAAGCUUCUGUUCUCUGGUGGCACUCGUAUGGCUUGCCUGGGACGAUUCUGUAGCGUCGCUGUACGCACUGAGGAAGGUCUUCCAAUCGCCUGCCUCACCGCCUCGUCCUUGCACGUCCUUCGAUAACAGAAUCUCGAAUGCUUUGGACAAGGCAAGGGUGGCACGAUUGCAGUAUAUGGCGGACUCGUUGCUGAUACCCAUUUCGGUGGUUAUGUUUGUGCCGUUAGCGAUGUUCUUCUUGUAUAUCGCGGAUGCCUCCGAACCGAGUGUUGUUUUCAAGGCGGUGAUCAUGUGCUUGCGCCAUUUCGCAACGCUAUACUGGAAGUGCUUGAGAUGUUCAUCAGGUUUUUCCGUCGCGGACAUAGAGUACAUGUUCAGUUUCUGGAUGUCGUUCAUUGCGGUGCGAACGUACUUUGAACAGUCACACGUGUUGUUCCUCAUGUACGGCGGUUUCUGGAGCGCGGCACGAGUGCUUCUCGCGGUCUCGCUACUUGAUUGCAGGAUGUCGGUGAGGUGGAACAUUUUUCUUUCUACAGUGACGUGCUUUUGUUCCUGGGAGCGGCGCGAGCAGCUACGCAUCGACGGACACUCUUCCAUGGGCGCGUUCGUCCACCAAUGUAUUGUUGAAACGAGUACUUGUGUAUUGAUCUGUUUUGCCUCAGCAUUCUUGGAGGCUUGCGAGAAGGACCGCGUCAAGGCGUCCGUGGAGUCCAGCCAGUCUGGCAGGGCGUAUCAGGCAGCUCAAACAUUGCUCGGUGUAUUCUGCGACGCCCAGCUGCGCAUCUGCCCACAAUGUAACAUCAUCGCCCAUUCCCCACACCUGCUGCACUUGCUGGGCUCAGGAGGCACGAGGAACACGCUUCAUGGAUGCAGCUUCCUUCAGUAUUUGCCAGAGCCCGACAAGCAGCGCUUCCAGGAUUUCAUCUCUGGGGCGACGGUGUUGCAGCAGCGCUCUCAGGACUUCUCGUCCAAGCACACCGCUGCCUCAAUAGCCGAGGGGCCGAGCUUGGGCGAUUUCUCCAUGGGCCACGCUACCUCCACCCAGGUGUCCCUGCAAAGGGAGGGCGUGGCGCACCCGAUGCCGGUGGAGCUGUUCCUGAUCAACAUCGCCGACGUCCAGGAUGCCCCCGAAUUUCUGAUGGGGAUCCGGGAGACCUGCGAGGCGCUGCCGCGGGAGGCCUGCACGGAUGCCCCUGGUGCCGAUGCGCUGCGGCAGCCAGCGGCGGCCCCCACGGCGCGCGGGCCAGAUCCCGAAGCGGGCCAAGGCGGCGCCGUGCAUUCCCCGAGGGCAAAGGCCGCGGGGGCGGCGCAGGCGCCGGCCCAGCAGCAGGCGCCGCCUCAGACUCUGGCCGCUGGCGAUGGCCAGCGGCCGCUGGGUGCGCUGGCGCAGCGGCCCGUCCACAGCGUCGGCCGGAGGUCCCGCAGCUCCAUCUCGUCGUCCUCGAGGGCCUCCUCCUCGUCCGCUGGGAGCGGCGCGCUGGACGCGGGCCGCAUCUCGUCCGUCUGCCUGCGGCUGAACUUCAGGAGCAGGGGCCUGCGCGUCGAGGACAUGCUGCUGCGCUUCGAGGGCGGUCGCCGGUCGCCCCUCCUGAAGGAUUGGCUUCCGAAGGAGACCGUGGAUGCGGUCCGCAGGAGUAGCCAGGAUCUCAUGAAUCAGAGGGAGUACAGGCCCGCUGAUGAGGAGUUAGUGGCGGGCGUCGGUGCUGGUACGGUGCGGUUUUCCAGUGGCGGGUCUACGUUCCUGCUGGCGGAGCGCGCAGAGCUUGCGGUCGAUGGCUACUUCACUGACCCGCGUGACUCAAGCGAGGAAUCUGAUUAUAUCAGCCCGUUCAUAUUCAUGUACCUGUCUGGAGUGUCGAAGCUUCGCGUGCCUUGGCAGAGCGGGCCGCAGAGGGUAUCGAAAAGGCUGGACCCGAUCGACGAGUCACCAACGGAUGUGGCGUAUGAUGGCGACGCGCCGACACUCAGACGGAGAACCAAUGAGGGGACUGGAGAGGGCUGCAAGGAGAGAGGGUGCCCAAAGCGUUCGGGGGAACACGUUCGCGCAUGAAGAUUAGAGGCGGGGGUUGGCCGCUGACAUCGAGGCCUCAUGCGGACUCUGGGUCUUUCCAUGCAGGUGUUCAGAUCUAGCUGUAUUUCAAUAGUGGGUCAUGACGCCUUAUCGCUUCUCGCGCUUCUCGAGUCCGUCGCAAGCGAUGCGUACUCCUCCCCCUCUCGUCUCUUUCCUCCCGCCCUUGCCUCCCCGUGGCGAAACGCCGGCUAGCCCUGCUGGGGUUGGCCUGCUUUCUGCCACCUCUUCCUGUCUCGUCCUCGCUCCCCCCCGCAUUCGGCCACCCAGAGCUCCGGAUGUGGACCGCGGAUUCCUGAUAGUCGGCGAAGCGUGCGGCGGGAAUUCAAGUCUCGGUCUGCCCCUCCCCCUUCCUCCCUCCUUUCGACCUCGCCUGUGUGCUGGUGUGCUGGUGGCGGCAUGGAGGUACCCCGAAUAGUUUUCCUCUUCGCUCUGGACGCUGUGUGGGCGGCCGACUGGCCUGCCACCACACGGCCUCCUUGGUUUUAGUGGCGAUGCGAUUAUAGAAAGGUGUCGGCGUUUUCUCGGCCAUGGAGCUUGGGCUCAGGCUUUCAGCCAGUGUCGCUUAUCCGCCCCUCCUCUCCCCGCCGUCCGCCGUCUCCUCGCCGUCUGCCGUCUCCUCCUGUCCUGGUCUCCGUCCUCUGCCGCCCGUCCGCCCUCGAAACGACGUUGAGUCCUGCCGCUCCUCCCUCGGCACGCUCGGCGUGGACGGUGGUAGAGGAUCCCUCCUCGGUGCAUUCGGUGCCGCAGUUUGAACGAGUGGCAUGUAUCUUUCGUCGAUUCGCUGCAGGGUCUUCUUCACUGAGUUGUUGCUUCGUGGGGAGAAUAUUUGCCCUCGCUGAGAACACAUAGCUUGCGCGCAGAUUCUGAUCCUAGGCAACAGAAAUAGAAGUAGAGUGGUGCAAAG